CCAUCCAAGUGCUCCAUGACAACAGAUAACGACGGACCGCGCUGGUUGUUUUCCUCCGAUAAACAAAACGCGAAAUCCGCGGCGCCCACGAGGCCAAAAUCCAUAUCGGAACCCGAUGCGAAAAGUCCUAAUUCGUUUGUUUGUUUGUUUUGCCGUUUCUGUGUCAUUGUGAAAAUCGAUUAAAAUUGUCUAAAUUUAAAGACGCGACCCGACGCGACGACGGUUCUACGUUUUCGGUGCCAGGAUUGAAGGUUCCGUCCCCGCAAUCCGUCAACCGGACGGCUAUUUUUACCCGCAAUGCUUGGCGUACGCGAAAAAUUGUGAAAAACGCGAGUGAAUCACGAAAUUCGGUGCCCCAAAUCGCAAACAAGCGAAACCCGCCGCUGUCGCCGCCGCCGCGUGUCAUUGAGCCGAGGCAGAAGCGCACCUGAUUAUCCUUGUAGAAAGCUCCUUUUGCCUGCUUGGGCUGGGCUGCCUUCUCUAGGUGCUCCAUAAUUAAUUGAUAAACUGUGAGUCCGGACUUGACGAACUACCGCCGUUACCGUUGUUUGGGAUCCGGGGGAAAAAAGGUGCAGAUUUCAUUGUGCCUAACAAGCAGAAGCUGAAGUGAAAAGGAAGCCUUGGGCUAGGCAAAAGACGAACGACUUCCACUGCUCUACACGGCGCGCAAGGACAAGAUACCAGGAUGCCACUGAAGUCGAUGCAACGGCGGAACACGAUCCGCGCAUCAUCGUCGAUGCAGAAACCGGGCAAAGGAGAACCCGUCGAUAACGAUGAGUUCGAGUCGUGGGUCAAAUCGAAGCAGCUGCUCAAACCGGACGACCAGCUGGACCUCACGGAGGCCGAGUUGGGCGAAGAGAUUCCCAAGUUGCUGUCGACGGAAAAUCGACAUCUCCCGAGGAAUUUGGUGAUCUACAACUUUCACGAGGGAACGUACGAACCGGUACCACCGCCGGAGAAUACGGUAACGCUGCUUGAGUUUGAAGGAACCGCACUGCAUAAGGAUACACCGGAGGCGAAGGAGCAAAUCGCGCGCAAAGGAACCGAUGAACUGAAUGUCACCUUGGAUAAACCGCCGGAACCGAGCCCGGAAGAGGAAGCCGCACCACCGCCGCCCGAAACUCCGGACGGCGAAGAUGCCGAGCGAGAAGAAGAAGAAGCAGAUGCCGAUGCCGAAGCUCAGGAACAGGAGGAAGAGGUCCAGGCAGCUCCCGAGGAGGAAGCUCCGAAGAAAAAGUUGACCAACCAGUUCAAUUUUUGUGAACGUGCUGCGCUGACCAUAGCGAAUCCAUCUAGGUCGGUCGAUACGCAAACGAUUCCGCCGCCCCGGUCCAACUAUGGAUCCAGCGUGCUGCAGUGGGUUAUUUACGACUCGUACUCCGAGGACUACGCACAGCAGCAGCGCGAGAAGGAGCGCGAAAAGGAGAAAAAGCCGAUGCUGCACAAGCGGGAUGAAAAAUCCCGCAAGGACGACAAGGCCAAGCAGACGGAAGAGUUCAACAAGCGCUAUCUGCAGGCCUGCCAGAUUAUCGAACGGAUGGUGAACCAAAAUAUUUACGACGAAAUCGCACAGGACUACCGCUACUGGGAGGAUCCCUCGGAUGAGUUCCGCGAGGAGGAGGGCACCCUGCUGCCCCUGUGGAAGUUCUCCUACGAGAAGACGAAGAAGAUGUGCGUGACGGACUUGUGCUUCAACACGCUGUACUACGACUUGUUUGCGGUUUGCUUCGGAACGUUGGAUUUCAUGAAACAAGGCAACGAAGGAGCAGUGUGUUUGUUCACGAUCAAAAAUCCCUCCUUUCCGGAUUACAGAAUAACGACCGAGAGUGGAGCCAUGUGCUGUGAUAUCCAUCCGAAGUAUCCGUAUUUGAUUGCGGUCGGGCUGUACGACGGGAACGUUAUCGUUUACAACCUACAGGUGGGCACCAAGGAGCCGGUCUACAUGUCCCACGGCGUCAACGGUAAACACUCGGAGUCGGUGUGGGAGCUCAAGUGGGGACCGGACAUGCAGGACGGGGAGAUCAACUUCUUCACGGUUUCCGGCGACGGGCGAGUGUUCAACUGGGUGUUGAUGCAGAAUAAGCUCGCUAUCACGACGAUUAUAUCGCUGUUCUUGGACAUCGACCAGGUGGGCGGACCGGAUGGGAGCAGCCUGAAGCUGAAGGGCUGCGGAAUGUGCAUGGUGUUUCAUCCCAAUAAUCCGGAGAUAUUUCUGGUCGGAACGGAGGAGGGCUACAUUUUCAAGUGCAGUACUGCAUACAGUUCCAAAUAUCUGAUGACCUAUUAUGCGCACUACCUUUCCGUCCACCGCAUGGACUACAACAAGUUCAACUCGAACAUUUUCGCAUCCUGCAGCGGCGACUGGCGCGUCAAGAUAUGGGAGGAUAUGAGACCCGAACCGCUGUUCAUCUUCGACCUGGGUGCCUCAGUGGGCGACGUGAAGUGGGCUCCCUACUCGAGCACGGUGUUUGCGGCGGUCACAACCGAGGGCAAAGUGUUUGUAUUUGACCUGAGCGUGAACAAGUACAAAGCGAUCUGCGUGCAGGCGGUCGUAUCCAAGCGGAAGAACAAACUGUCUCGGAUUGCUUUCAAUCACAAGCUACCGUUUAUCAUCGUCGGGGACGACAAGGGAACAACCAUCACGCUCAAGCUGUCACCCAACCUGCGCAUCAAAACGAAAGCACCGAAGAAAACCGUCCCGGUGGAUCCACAUUCGCUGGAAGUGCAGAAGCUGGACCGACUGCUGUCACUGGUGCGGGAGCUUCCGGAGGGUGAGCUGGUAAAGGAGACGGUUUCCACCGUGGCUUCCAACUAGAGCGCCAAUCAACGCCGGCAAUGCUCGAUGAUAAUAUGUAGCAAUGUUUCAUGUUUAGGGAUUGUGAUUCUGGAGAACGGAACACUUGAAAAUCUUUGGUUUAUAGUGGACAUAAUAAAAGAUUUAUUUUCUAGUCAGUUUCAAUUUCAGAUAA